CUGGUCAAACAGGAACAACACCUCUCUUUCAAAUUUCUGCCUAAGAACAGUUCACGGAUUUACAAGAAAAACAUGUAAGAUUUCCUGCUUCAUUGCUAAGAAAAACAAUAGCUUUUUCUCCAGCUGUUUCGCUAGGUGUUUGUUCAUAGAGUGUUGUGAGGUGAUUCACUCAAAUAGAGUACACUUAAGAGUACAAAAACUGCUCAAUCAAAAUACCUUGUUUUCCAAUUAAUCUACCAGAAUAUGUGUUUGGCUAAACAAAACAUCUAUACUAAAUGACAAUGUUGCUGAACAUUUCAUUAGUAUUUUACUCGUGGAACACCUAUCUAAACUUGUUUAAUCUCAAUCAGGAAAGCAUUCAACUGCUCCUGAAAUCUCUUUUCCCUCUGUGGCCUGUAACAUGGCAAUAAAGUCCUGGCGCCAAGCACCCUAGUUGCUAAGUAACGCUAUUAAACAAGAGGAACCUUGACUUUCCCUGUUCGGUGUAGGGAGGCUAGGGAAAUGCUGAUAUCACAAACGGUGCAUUCCUGAUCUUUCCUCUUGACUUCAACGCCACAUUUUGUGAGAUAGGAUUGCCAGGUGAGAGGCUUCAAGCUGAAUGGCUUGUUCACAGGAGCUAAAGCUGUUGGUAUGUUUCUAAAACGGAAGACAAUCUCAUCACUUGAUUAACAUCAACUCAGGAAAAAAGAAGAUAAAAUAUGUACCAUGCCCAAAGGGAAGGGAGCCAAAGGGACAAAGGUGACCCUCAAGAUUGCCAAAAAGGCUAUACGGAUGACCCCAGAUGGACGGCGCAGACUAAUCCUUAGCAACAUGGGUAUAACCAUCUUUCCAAAGUGUCUCCUCAAACUGUCCAAUGUGGAUGAGUUGGAUCUCAGCCGCAACCUGAUACAGAAACUCCCAGACAACAUUGGGAACUUCUCGUCACUCAGAUGGCUGGAUCUACACAGCAACAAGCUGGAAUCUGUGCCCGAGUCCAUCGGCAACCUGGUGGGACUCACCCACCUCAACCUUUCUAACAACCGCCUAACCUCUUCAGGUUUACCUUCCACAUUGGGAUUUCUCACCAGCCUGAAGAGUCUCAAUCUGGGGAUGAACCAGCUGGACACCCUGCCUCCCACUAUGCUGGCUCUAGAUAGCCUCCAAGAGUUAGGCCUGUUUGAUAACCUCUUCAUCAAGCUUCCAGAGUUUGUGAAAGUGCUACGCAACCUCACUAAGGUGAACAUGAAACGAAAUCCUCUAUCAUAUGCUCAGGGGGAUGCUGAGGGGAUGCUGAAAGAAAAAUCUGAACCAGAGGAAGAUGUGUACCUGGUCCAUGAGAGCAGCCUGUGUAGGACAUGCCUUAAGAGAUGUAAAGAGCAGAGGGAAAGGCUUACGAGAGGGGGAGGAGGAGGAGGAGGAGGAGGAGGAGGAGGAGGAGGUGGUGGUGGUGGUGGUGACAUGUUUGAGGACAAAAGGAUAAGAACUUAUCCAGGACUGAUGGUGCCAAACUCAGUGGCUACAGUCAAUCAAGAUGUGUGGAGAAUAAAAAAGGUGGUACACAAGCCAAUCAAAUGACCAAACAGCUGCUGACAUCAUCUUAAACUAUGGAACAAAUUGAAUAAAUGUCACUUUUAGGUAGCCAUAAAAACUAUAAUAAUAUUUGCAUAAUAUCUUACUAUAUGUCACACAACUAUUUUUUGAUGUAUUUUCCAUUUCAAUUGAUGAAAUAAAAAGAGUGAUUACAUUUCUAGAA